GGUCGGGGGCGGGACAAGGGGAGAGAAGGGCAGAGAGACGAGGGCGGUAGGGGGCCGCCGCGACGUUGCGCGGCAGUUGCGUCCGGCCCGCGUGCACGCGAAGCCCGGGAGGGGGCGGGGCUGAGGCGGGCACCUCCCCACCCAGGCCUCGCCCCCGCGGCCCGCCCGCACAUAUAGCCCAGCCCCCUCGCCUUGGCUGCGCCGCCCCCUCGCCUUGGCUGCCCCACCCCCUCGGCGGCCGCGCUCCUUCUCCCGCCGCCUGCUUGCCUCCCGCCCGGCUCCUUCGGCCGAGAGCGGGAGAAAGUCCUGCUGGUGGGCGGCCGCGGAGCUGCGCGCGUCCGGCAUCCCGGGGCCGCUCCGGCCCGGGCGGCUAGGGGGCCCGGCGGUCCAUGCAUCCGCCGCCGCCCGCCGCCGCGAUGGAUUUCAGUCAGAACAGUCUGUUCGGCUACAUGGAGGACCUGCAGGAGCUCACCAUCAUCGAGAGGCCGGUCCGCCGGAGCCUCAAGACACCAGAAGAAAUAGAAAGAUUGACAGUUGAUGAAGACCUCAGUGAUAUUGAAAGGGCUGUUUAUCUGCUCAGGUAUUUCAUAAAGUCUUUUUGUGAUAAUUGCUGCUUUUCCUGUGGCAGCAUCCACAAAUGAUUUCUGAAAUGUCAUGUUACGGUUCUGUUUAGAUUUACUUAACCACUUGAACAGAGUACUUUUGCAUGCGCAGCACUUAAUUAUGUUAUAAAUUAAGAUUUAGAUAUGGACUUAUGAACUUGAGAACCGAAAUCAAAUAAGAUACCUAGCUUAUAGAAUAUUGCUUGGAGGAGGAACAGAACAACUAAUGGUUUGAGUUGAAUCUCAUUAAAAAAAAAAAAUCUUGCAGGUUUGGUUGUCCUCACAUAAGAUCCAAUAAAUUUAGAUGAGACUUAAGAAUAUCCAGUGAUUAAUUUUAAGUUAGUUGCAGAGUAUGAACUUUAUAUGCUAUUUACUGUACAGAAAAAAAAUCCACAAAUAUGGUAGUUCAAUUUUUUUCCUUCAGGAUAAUCCUGUUUAUAUUACUUCUGCUAUGUGUGCUUUAUAAUUUUGCCUGAGAGAUUUUAAAAUUUAAUUGAGCCUACUCUCACUUAAGUUUCAUCUUACAAGCGCUACAGAAUUGCUUAAGCCAAAUGGUAUUACAAAUAUUUACAAGAUUUCUCUCAACUAUUUUAAAAAUUGUGUUGUGGAUUUAGCUUCUUAAAAGCUGAUGUGAACAUUAAUGAAAAUAUCUAUAAAAAUACUUCAGAAAUAGAAAUUUUCCUAAGGCAUUUUGUGUACAUUGUUUUAAAAUUUUUCUUGCACAUUUUUCCCCCCUUUUGGCAAAUUAGUUUUCGCUUUUUUUUUUGGAAUCAGAUUUUGAAAACUGGUGUUAUUUACCUCCUGGGAUAUUUGUCAUCCUUGUUUCCUUAGCUCAGGUCUACUUUGCCGGUUUCAGGUGCUGGCAAAUUUCUUCUUCUUUCUUGUUUUAUAGAUCAUGUUUCUAGUCCCAUGAUAUUCACUGAAUGACCCUGUUAAAAAAAAAAAAAUCUCCUCUCCUUGACUUCCAUUUUCUUAAUUAUUCUGUAGCCUAUUAGUGACAUCUUGGGUUCUAUUCUUGUCAGAAUUUUAGCAUGCUUACAAUUUAGACCAUUCUCUUCAAUAAUUCUGUUACUUUAAAAUGUUUCUGGAUCUUAGACCUUAUGUUGGGGUUAUUCCCCCUCAUCUUUUGGUGAUUUAUGGUAGCCUGCUCUCAUCGUUUCUACCUAUUUGUUUUAUUUUAUUAUUUUUAAAAUUUUCAUUGGAGUAUAGUUGAUUUACAAUGUUGUGUCAGUUUCAGGUGUAUAUCUACCUAUUUAUUUUAAAGGAAAAUGGUUUUAUCUAUGUAUGAAUUAACAGUAUGUGUUUUUGACGUUUCAUAGAGAAUAUGCCUUUUAACUUAUUUUGAUAAUUGUGUAAUAUUUGAAGUACUUUAUUCCUUAAUGAUUAACAUGUCCAAUAUGGUGAACAGUAGUUGUAAGCAUCUGCCUUUUCCCACAUUUCUUUUGUUUGGAGUAGGUAGACAACUGGUGAAAAUUUGGAUAAGCUUCUUUUAGCGUACAGCAGUUAAUGACUUGAAGUCAGUGCCUACUUACUCCUACUAAAUUCUCUCCGUAUAAAUGCUGGCUGACAAUGAGGAAAUAGAGAGUUUUGCUCUACUUACUUGCGACAGCAGAUACCUUAUUUUAGGUAUCAGUGACAAGGCUUCUUUUUUAGGAUAGCUUAUUUUCUAUUUUGCUUUUAUUGUUAGCGAACCAGGUCGUCUAAGUUGUUUGAAUUUCUCAGACACAGAACGUAAGUUUCAUCCAGUUCUGGAACUGACAAAGCCCUUACAGAGGCAGAUGGGUCCUCUCAUUCUUAGGCAAGAGAGUUUUAAAAGAGAUCUGAUAUCUCCUUUAGUGUCUAGUGGCUCAUCUACCUUGAAGGAGGUUUGCAAGGUGACUCAAAAGGCAAACACUAGCUUGGUUGUGCAUGGGCUCUCCAGCUGAGUUCUUCUUUUGUAUUCCUACCAUCUCACCACCUCCUGGGGGAAAGCGGGAUUUCACCUUUAGGCCAGCUUCUGAAGGGAUAACAAGACGCCUGCCUGAAGGGUUCUUUCUUCCCUGGGAUUCAGGAGAGGGUGUGGGAUUGUCUUAUGGACAUGUUCCAAACUUUGCCUCUGUUAAAGCUGUUAAAGCCUCUUCUCUCAUGUAUUGAGCCUUCUAUUUUAAAUGUAACUUAUUCCUUUUCUUUCCUAUUUGUACUUCUCAAUGCUGUAGAAUCUAAUACUGAGUCCUUUUUUUCCCUCUAUGAUUUUCAGGUUUAUUUUUGAGUGCUUUACCUUUUCCGCUGUUUUGGAUAUUUAAUAUCCAGAAUUUUCCUCUUUGCUUUUGAAUGUCAGAUUUGUUUCUGUAGCUCUCUUAUUUUUGUACAUUAAAUCUAUUUUGGAAGAUUAUGUUACAUUAGAUUUCAGAGUCAAAUGUAUAAGUAUCGGUAGGAAAUGCUUUAUAUUAGUGGAGGUUCUGAUAGCAUUUAAACUGAACCUAGUAUCUAAAAAAGCAUUAUAUUGGACUGCUGUCCAAUGAAAAACAAAUUACACUGUUCAUUAUCUUACCCUAAAAUAUGGCAGAUCAAUUAUUAAUGCUAUUUUCAUAAUUAAGUUUAGAACAUUACAGUAUUUGAAGAUUUGACACAGAUGAUUCUGUGGUUUUGCAUAAAUAUGAUGCUGAUAUACCCAUCUGUGGCAUUUAGCACUGAAACAAAACAACUUUCCUAAUAGUCACAGCUUGUGGCUUAGUCAAAAUCAUAUCACAAUAUCUUCUUUUAGUUCUCUCUCUUCUUUGUGAUUUUGGUGUAUAUUUUAGGAAUAAUUUUGUUAGAGAAGGGUCCUAAGUUUGUACACUGUGCUUUCAUUAGGUAAACCUUUACUCACAUAUCUCUAGUUGCCUGUCAGAUAAAUUCCAGACCCUUAAGCUUGGCAUAAGUGACUCCAUCUUAGCUCUGCAAUGGGAUGCCCCACCAGGCCCUCAACUUUUUUUUUUAAUGGCUUCAUUGAGGUGUCGUUCAUAUGCCAUAUGGUUCACCCAUUUAUAGUUGAGUGGUUUCAUGUAUUCAUAGAGUUGUGUGUUCAUCACCACAAUCAAUUUUAGAGCAUUUUCAGAAGAAACGCUGUACCUAGUAGCAGUCAGUCCCCACUUCUGCCCAAUCUUCCCAGCCUUUGGGAACCACUAGUCUACCUUCUUUCUUUAUGGAUUUGCUUAUUUUGGACAUUUUAUGUAAAAUUAUGCAAUAUGUGGCCUUUUGUGACUGAUUUCUUUCACUUAGUAUAAUGUUCUCAAGGUUCAUGGGCAUUGUAGCGUGUCAGUACUUUGUUUCUUUUUACUGCUGAAUAGUAUUCCACCGUGGGAGUAUAUCACAUUUUGUUUGUUCAUACGCUCGGGUUGUUUCCACGCAGUCCUUCACUUUUUGAAGCAGUCGUGCUGCCUUAUUCACUGUCACUCAGAUACAUCACAUUCAUCCUUAACUCUGCUUUUCCCCAUCCUGGAAUACCUUUCGUUAUACCUCUCCAAUAUUCUCCAUCCCCAGGAUCCAGCUGUAAUCUUGCAUCUUUCAUAAGGCCUUCCCUAACUGCUGAAACUACAUGGAUCUCAGGCUCUCUGAGCUCCCAUAUCACUUAGUGGCUGCAUACCUUUGAAUUCCUUAACUUGUGUGUGUGUGUACGUUGUCUUCAAUAGACUGUAAGCUCUCAGAGGGUAAGCUGUUUUUUAUUGUUGUUGCUGUUUUGGUUCUUUCUUGUUCUGUGCUAUGAUAUAAAUACAUACCUCUUAAUGGAAUAAAGUGUGUUUAUUUAUCUUAAGAUGACCAAAGUGCUAGAUGAAUUAAGCAACUUUUGACUUUUUUGUAUUGUAGGCAAUAGAAUCAGACAGAUUUAGGUUAUGUCCUGUUCUACCACUUACUAUCUGUGUGACCAUGGGCAAGUUAUUAUGGUUGUUAAAUCCUGGUUUUCUCAUCUGCAAAGUGGAAAAUAAUAAUUCUUGUUUCCCAAGGUGGUUGUAUUAUGUGUAGAGCC